AUGCAAGUCCAUUCGACCUGUCACUUUGCCACGUGCUUCAAGUACCGGCAAAUGGGAUCUGCCAACAGCGCUUGUCGAUUUGGCAUUCCUCGAGACCUCAUCCCUGCCUCCAAGGUAGAUGAGUUCGGACUGAUUCACCUCGCUCGAAACUAUGCCCGGAUCAACCCUUGGAACAUCUCUCUGAUUCCAACAGUCUCUAAGUCCUUGUCUCUGAUCUACUACAUCACUAACUACACCAUGAAAGGCGAUGUCUCUCCUUGGCAGGUGGUAGCCAAGGCGGCUUUGUUGAAACAGUCCAUUGAGAAAGCAACAGUUUCUGAGCCGCCAACGUCGACAGGCCUAAGACUUCGAGAAAAGGUCAGUGGCGUGCAGGUCGCCAGUAUGUUGCUCCAAUUACGCACCUACUACACAGUCAACUACAAUUUCAUCCGCAUCAACCUCUGGUGGUUAAGGUAUUAUGUCCGGGCGAUCGUUCAGCCACAUAAGCUUGACACUCAUCGCUCAUCAGAUCCCAUGGCAGAGGAAGCUUGCACAUAUGAAACUGGUGACACCAGCCCCAUAAGCGUUUUUGACAAUUACAAAUGGCGUGGGCAGCACCUCGCCCCUCUUGCAUUAUUUGAAUACUGCAUGCUUGUCAAAACGAAGAACCUUCGCGAUGCCAUUACAGAUGACGUGGACUUCGACCCAAGCCACCCUAGAUAUGUCACUCAUGUGCAGCGCCUGGCGCGCACCUUAUCCCAAGUGGCCACCGUGACUUUGAACGGACAGCUGAGUGAGUUCCGGACUGCGGAAGACGCUGUUUCUAGAGGCCACCCGCAAACAACAGCUAUCAUGAAUGACUGA